AUGUCAACCUUUACUGAAAAAGAGAUAGAACAUUUCGAGAAUACCUUUUCCUUACUAUGGAAUUUAUAUGGAAGAGAUUUUGAUGUUGCACAAGUUCAAGAAGAACUAUGGAAAAAUGUAGAAAUAGGGUAUCUCAUCAAACCACCCAAUGUCAUUAUUUUGAAACCUGAUAGUACUGGCCAUUUAGAUCUUGCAAGUGAUGAGUCCAUCUUUAGGAAGCUUAAUAAGUUAAAUGAAUCAGAGACAGAAAUUAGCCUCUUAUUAGAUUUGGAAAAAGCUUUUGAACAUUCCAAUAAAUCAAUAUUGACUCCUGAGGUUCCUGAACUUUUCAAAGGUGCCAUAGAAUGUUCAAAUCAAGGGUUUCAAAAAUUAUACAAUAGUUAUGAUAUUGGUAUAAACAGAUCAAAUGAUAUUUUCAAACAAGACAUUGAGAGGUCUGUUGUCUGGGAUACAACUGGUAAAAAUAAUAAUGAAUGUGAGUAUAAAGAUGAGUACAAAAAAUAUACUGGAGAGUGUAAAACGCAAUGA